AUGUUUGUCUGGAAUGGAUUAGAAUAUGUGACCAUUGUGCUUGCAGAUUCGCGUCUGUCGGAUGUUUAUGAGUCUCUAAGUUUGGGCAAGAACAAUGCAAUGAGCGGAAUGGAGAUGUUGAAACAAUGGCUCGAAAAUGCCGAAGAAGUGUGCAAAACUGUUGUGCCAAAAAUAGUUGCCAUCUCGAGCAAAUCUGCUCUGUUCACCAGCGAAAAAUUGACGGAUCAGGCUGAAAAGAUUGGCGAGUUGAAUGGCGAGGUUUUGCAGCUCAUUUCUGCUGUCAAGGAAGAAACGCAGAGCCUGUCUCGGACAGUGGAGGUGUUAAAAAAGGACUCUGAUCUUAUGCUCAAACUUCGGCGAGAAUGCAUUGAAGAAAGCUCUGCUCAGAGAGCGAAAUCGAUCUUCACCUUGAGGCAACAGCAACAACGCACGAAUAAGAUAACUGAGAAGGCGCGAGCAAUUCUGGCAGAAUGUGCUACUUUCCAAACGGAAAAUCAGGAAACGCUUCAGUUGAUGGAAUCUCAAGACAAGGACGUCUUGGAAAGGAAUCAAGCUGAGAUCGAGGCGUGGCUGUCGACUUUCGAAGGCAGCGAGAAUUCGGCUAAACAAGCAAUACAGUCAGUAAACGGAGUUCUCGAUACCAUUAUGGAAACGAUAACAGAGAGGAUAUCAUCCUCUGCUGACGUUAUGAAAGAAACAUGUGAGCAGGCAGUGGAAGCUAGCGCUUCUGUAAAGAAACACGCGGAAUCGUUUGCUGAUGAAGUCCUUACGAAAAACAUGUUGUUGAGUAGUAAUAUGGGAGAUAUGUUAAAUUCUAUGUUCGAAGGAAGCGAGAUGAUUGAGAAAGGCAUCGCAGAAGUCGAAAUCGUCCGUCUGGAGGAUCAAGAUAAUCGAGCUAGAAGUGAUCUUGCGACUGCUCAAUAUCUGCGCGAUCAACUUGGACAGGUUAACCAUGAGAUGCUGGCGAUGAUAGAUGAAAACUAUUCGAGUCCGAAGGAAACAGGAAGUACUCCUCAAAAGUCGCACUAUCCAGUACCAAAGGAUUCAGAAGUACCUCAUGUUCCGAUAAAGGAAAAAUUUCUAGCUUCGGAAGGCUUGGACCUGAAUGCUCGGACACCACGUAAACCGACACUUUGUACCCGUGAAUCUUUGCUGGAGGCUCAAAGUAUCUGCAUAUCACCGGAAACACUCGUUGCUUCCAGGAAACGACGAUUAGAAGAUAUCGGAGAGGAGUCCGUUGGUCUUUCCAGUCGAGCAGGCAGUCGAGUAUCCAAGGAAAACGUAGAGAACUGA